AUGAGAGAGAAAGAGUUAGAGAGAGAAAGAGAAAAGCCAAAAGAAAAAAGCCCCAAUUCAUCUCAAAUUAGAAACCCUAGCCAACCAAAAAAUUCCCAAUUGAAUAUCUUCGCAUCUCAGAUUGCCCAAACUUUCCUGAUUAAGCUUUUCAUCGGCCUAUUAUGGGUCUUAGUAGUGAUAAUUGAAAUUCAAUUAUCAAGUUUGUCAUUAAUUCAUCAAAAACUGGUCACCCAAUUUGCGUUUGAAGUUUCGAGAAAUUUUUUCUUAGUUUCUCGGCUUCAUGUAUCAAUCUCUGAGAGUAAUUUGUUUCCUCUCAUGAAAGAUUUUCAGUUAAUUAUAUCUGUUUCCUUCCUACAAAUUUCGAUCCAGUCUUUUCAAUGGAUUAAAGGUUUCAUUUUUCGUCCGUUCAAAUUCAAAUUAGAUUUUCUGGCUAGGGUUUUUAGGUUUCGUGCUUCUAUUUCGAUUGCGGGUUUGAUUUGGUUCUCUGUUCUAUCAAUUGUUGCUGCUCAAUCUUCGGCUUCGUCUGGUUCUGUUCCAUUGUUGCCCAGCGUUCUCAGGUUGUUGCUGUUUGGCAGGGUUGUGAUGUAUGCCAUUCUUUUUAUUUUUAAAAGGCGUGGGAGAUUAAAUCUUGGGAAGUUUUCCCCUUUGGAUUCCCACCUCUUUUCAGAAUUAAAUCUAAGUUGGCCUCCUUCCAUUGUUGGGAGUUUGCAUUUUUUAUUUUUUCUGAAGCUUCAGUUAGCCUCCUUCCUUUUCUGGGAAGUUGCAGGUGCUAACUAUGUUGGAACUCAUUUAGAAAUUCUACCAACCAAAUUUAGAUGUUGGGGUAUGCAUCCAUUUCAAGAUUCUUCCUCCAGUACGUGUUCCAAUGUUAUGAUGAGUAUCUCUAUUAUAUUUCUCAGGAUGUCACUGUCUCUUUUAAGGAAUUUGGAUUCCCCUUGAAAGGUAUCCUCAUAGACUAUUAUCGAUCUGUGCAGUAUGUUGUCAUUCUCAUUCUUUCGAUUUGGUUAGAAAUUCGUUCUUUAUUUAUGGUUGUAGUACCCAUCUGUUAUAGUUAUUUCAUAAUGCUAUACACUGAAUUUGGAAUGGUUGGCUAUGUAACGAUCACCUCAAUGAAAUCCAAUCUAGACUUUAGAAGUUAUUGGAGUGGAUUUUGUUGGGUGUGUAGCAAAUAUUUGCUUUUCUAUAAAAACUCCUCUUUAGGCUAUAGAAGCUAUUGGAUUGGAGAUUUUUCAAUUUCUUUCUUCAAAAUUUAUUGCCAUAAAUUAGCCUUUUUGUGCCUAAAGCAGGCUUCAAAGAAAAAUGUCGACAUUUUCAAUAGAUCUAUGAAUUUCAUUAGUCAUAAGUUAUCAAGCAAGCAUCUAUUGAAUAUUCCUUAUAAGUAUUUGUACAUUAUUAUUGAGGAUGGCAUUCAAGGUAGUAGUUUAUUAAUUAUUCUCCCCAUCAUGUUAAUAGGGUGGUGGCACCCUAUAAGAGUUCUAGAGCUCAAUGAGUGUUUGCAGGUAUUAAUGGACUUUGGGUGGGCCCCUGCUCUUGUUGUGCUUUCAUUCUCUUCGACGAUAAUGUGGAAGCUUUUCAUUUCAAGAUAUCUGAUAAUGUUAUAUAAUAUUGUCAUUUUUUACUAUAGAUGUUUGGGAACUAAUCAGCUCCCUUUUAUGAUGCAUGGUAGCCAACUUUCUACCCUUUUGUGAAUCAAUAAUGUCUAUUGCAUGUUGGAAUAUUAGAGGCAGUGCUAGAAAGAACGCUUUGGUAGAAACUCGAGAUUUUUGUCUACAUAACAAUGUUAGAAUUUUGAUGCUUUGUGAAGUGAAAUCACAAUCCCCACCCUCUCAAAUAAUGAUUAAUCAAUGUGGCUUCCAUGCUUUUGACUUUAUCCCAACCAUAGGCUAUUCUGGUGGAUUAUGGUUAAUGUGGAAAACUUGUAAUAUUCAACCAUUUAGUCUCUCUAUUAUACAUAAAGCUGCUAGAUUUAUGUCUUGUUUAAUUCAUAUUGCUAGUUCUAAUAUUAGUUUUGUUGCUAUUUUUAUCUAUGCACCUGCUAAGAAAGAAUUCAAGAAAGAAUUCUGGUCUGAACUUAUUGUGUAUGCCCUGUCUCUUCAACUCCCUUAUGUAAUAUUAGGGGAUUUUAAUGAAAUUUCAAACGCAAAUGAUAAAAAAGGGGGUGCUACUGUAUGUGCCUCUAGAUUCAUUACCAUGAAUAA